GAAUAUUUACUCUCCGUGGCUUGUGAAAGCUUCGGGCAUGUUUCGUGCCCAUGUGUCCGUUGGUCCAAUUCGUUGUUGCCAGACUCAAACCUCUGAGGGGCCUGUCGUGAUUCGUAUCCCACGUCAUAUGCAGAGGCGGGUUGAAAACGUGAAGCAGAUCCGAGGCAAAAACAAAAUCGGUACCAUCAAGGCUGGCAAGCUCCUUAUCCAGAGCAAGAACCCUCAGCUGAACCAGUCUGCAGGCUACAUACUUGGGAAGUUUGAGCAGCCACACCUCUCCUCUAAAGGAUGGAAGCAUAACAAGUCUUAUGGUGAUUAUUUCGCCAUCAAUAGCACAAAGACUGUAGCACCGUUUGUUACUGAAAACCAACAAGAGGAAAUUGUUGAAGACAGGAAGACUGUGACAUUUCGCGACCUAGACAUCUGCAAGGAGCUGUUGGAGGUUUUGAACAGUAUGAAUAUCAUAUGUCCAACAACGGUGCAACUUUGCACUAUUCCAAAAGUUUUGCAAGGUAAAAACAUUCUUUGUGCUGCUGAAACGGGCAGUGGCAAAACAUUGAGUUAUCUCCUGCCCAUCGUUCAUAGACUGCAGGCCCAAAAGGAAACAGAAGACGAAACUGACGCUGCACAUGUAAUUAGUUCAGUAAUACUUGUGCCCUCCAGGGAACUUGCUGACCAGGUGGCAGCUGUUUCCAGGACGCUGUGUGCCCCAUUUGGUAUACUGACAAAGACUGUGGGUGGUGGGCGAGGUGUGGGCCACAUCAAGAAUGUUUUCAAACAGUUCCCCCCUGAUAUUUUGGUGGCCACCCCUGGUGCUCUUAUAAAGGCCUUAAAGAGAAACUGCCUGGACCUGAGUGAGUUGAGCUUCCUGGUGAUAGAUGAGGCUGACACCAUGUUUGAUCCUAGCUUUUCUGCUAUGUUAGAGAAUAUUCUAUCCUGCAUACAUGUUGCCAGUCAGCCCUCUGAAACACGAGGCCCUGGGCGUAAAGCCCAGCUGCUGAUGAUGGGGGCCACCUUCCCUGGGGGUGUGGGGGAAGUUCUAAGCCAGGUAACCGAUCUUGGUAGCAUUUUCACUAUCAAGAGCAAGAUGCUACAUUUCCUCAUGCCCCAUGUCAAACAGACAUUCCUGAAAGUAAGAGGCGCCGACAAAAUCCUUGAGCUUUACGAAACACUUAAGCUGCACAAACAAGAAAAUCAAGGUACUGGUGUGCUGGUAUUCUGUAACAAGGCGCCAACUGUGAACUGGCUUGGUUACUCUCUGGGAGAAAUGGGGGUGCAACACCUUCGCCUGCAAGGGGCGAUGCCUGCUGCUUUUCGGGCUGGGAUCUAUCACUCCUUCCAGAAGGGUAUGGUGGAUGUUCUUGUCUGCACUGACAUUGCUUCACGUGGCCUGGACACAUCGAGGGUCCGUUUGGUUGUGAACUAUGACUUCCCAGAAUCUCAAACAGACUACAUCCACAGGGCCGGGAGGGUGGGGAGAGCGGGGAGUGUCGAAGGCGGUGAGGUGCUCAGCUUUGUUACCCACACCUGGGAUGUGGAGCUGGUGCAGAAGAUUGAGACUGCUGCUCGGAGAAGAGCUACUCUGCCUGGAAUGGAAUCUGCUAUCCAUGAGCCAAAACCCAAGUCAACUGAGUUGGAAGAGUAG